UGGUGCGCGUGCCGUCAGCUCCGCUCUCUCGCUCGCGGAAGCGCGCGCGAGCCGGGCACCACCCCGAUCGAUCGCCCCGCCUCGGGCAUCUUCCCCUCGGCUCCGCCGGAUUCCUCCCGGCCGCUAGCUCUCACUACGCCUCCCGCUAUAUAUACCCACCACGGGCAGUGGCCAUGGCUCCUCACCAAGAGCAACACGAGCACAAGGCGAUUCACUUCUCAUCAACGACGCUCGAUCGCUUCAAGCUAGGCGAGUCAGCAACCAUGUCGGACAAGUGCGGCAACUGCGAUUGCGCUGACAAGACCCAGUGCGUGAAGAAGGGAAACAGCUAUGGCGUCGUCGUAGUUGACACCGAGAGCCGCUUCGAGCGCCGUGAGGAGGCGGUCACCGCGGAGAACGACGGCUGCAAGUGCGGCUCCAGCUGCUCCUGCACCAACUGCACCUGCGGCAAGUGAAGAAGCCUCCAUCGUCCUUGCGUCGCGUCGUCGUAUAAAUAAACUACCACACGUGCGUCGUAUGUACGUACGUGCGUACGUGUCCCUGCCGUACGGCGUACGUAAGGCCGGGCCUGGUACGUCGAUAAGAGUACGUCAUGUGAAGCGGCCUGUAGCGACCUGGCUGCUAUAUAUGUACGUGUGGCUACCUAGCUUCAGGGCGUAUGUGUCCCCGUACGUGUCGCUGUGUCAUGUGUCGUAUCUCUGUCAUGUGGAAUGAAAUGUAUCGUGUGGUUUGACUGGUAAAGCAUGUAGAUUUGCGUCUA